GCCGGAAGUCUGGCCUUGGAAGCCACGCGGAGGACCCGGCUUAGGUUUGGUCCCUUCUAAGUGCGCUUCUGCCCUCUAUCUGGGCCUGGGCCUGCGCUGGUGUGUUCUUGCCCAGGUCUAGCGUCUGCUCCUGGCCUCUGCCCCAAAGCGUGAGACUUUUUCUAAACGUGCUACAAGGUGGGAAGCGGGCAGUGCAGGCACCUGCCAGCAGAAGGCGUUUUAUUAAGCCAGAGUGGAGCAAAGUGACCACGGUGUAGCCAUGGGGACCGCACUCGUGUACCACGAGGACAUGACGGCCACCCGGCUGCUCUGGGAUGACCCGGAGUGCGAGAUUGAGUGCCCGGAGCGCCUGGUUGCAGCCCUGGAUGGCCUGCGGCAGCAGGGCUUAGAGCAGAGGUGCCUGCGCUUGUCAGCUUACAAAGCAUCAGAGGAAGAGCUGGGCUUGGUGCACAGCCAGGAAUAUGUAGCCCUGGUGCGGAAGACUCAGACCCUGGACCAGGGAGAACUCCAGGCACUGUCUAAACAGUUUGAUGCUGUUUACUUCCACCCGAGUACGUUUCACUGUGCCCGGCUGGCUGUGGGGGCUGCACUGCAAUUGGUAGAUGCUGUGCUUACAGGAACUGUGCAGAAUGGGCUUGCCCUGGUCAGGCCUCCAGGGCAUCACAGCCAGAGGGCAGCUGCCAAUGGAUUCUGUGUGUUCAACAAUGUGGCUAUAGCAGCCAAACAUGCCAAGCAGAAAUACGGACUGAACAGGAUCCUCAUUGUCGAUUGGGAUGUCCACCAUGGUCAAGGGACCCAGUAUAUCUUCAGUGAUGACCCCAGUGUCCUUUACUUCUCUUGGCACCGCUAUGAGCAUGGGUGUUUCUGGCCAUUCCUUCAAGAAUCUGAUGCUGAUGCAGUUGGACAGGGGCAGGGCCGAGGCUUCACUGUCAAUCUGCCUUGGAACCAGGUCGGGAUGGGAAAUGCUGACUAUUUGGCUGCCUUCCUGAAUGUGCUGCUCCCCCUGGCCUUUGAGUUUGACCCUGAGCUGGUGCUGGUCUCAGCAGGAUUUGACUCAGCCAUUGGGGACCCUGAGGGGCAGAUGCAGGCCACACCUGAGUGCUUUGCUCACCUCACACAGCUGCUACAGGUGUUGGCUGGAGGCCGGGUCUGUGCUGUGCUGGAGGUAACUAGGGGGCAGCCAGGAAGCCCAAGGGCCAGAGGAGGGUGUGGGAGCCAGAUGCAAGGUGCAGUCUGGUGGGGUGUUCUGCCCAGAACAGCCAGCCAUACCAGUGACACCCCUCCCUGUCCUGUUUUAACAUUCCUCCUAGGGUGGCUACCACCUGGAGUCCCUGGCACAGUCAGUGUGCAUGAUGUGCCUUGGAGUCCAUCCAGCGUGUCCGGGCAGCCCAGGCCCCUCACUGGACAAGCCUCCAACAAGGUCAGCCUGAACCUGGGCUGGUGGGUCAACUUUGGGCUUCUAUUUGGUGGCUGUCAUUCUGAACUUCUCUUAGAUGUGGCUCCAGUGCUGAGUCCCAGCACCUACUCCUCAGAGGGGAGGUCCCUGCCCCUGCUUUCUGAGGAUCCCACAAACGAGGUAGCUGGAGACAGACUGAGCCCCUUUCUAGACCGACUGGCCCUCUGCCCCACACCUCCAGUCCACACAGCUGUUGCUCUGACUGUGCCAGCUGCUACCCUGGCCUUACCCCCUGGAGUGCUCCAUCAAGAGGGGUCACCCUUGAGAGAGGAGACAAAAGCCUGGGUCAGGCCACAUGAGUCUCUGUUCCAGGACAAGGCUCUUGCUGCACUGGAGAAGAUCUUGUAUCUCUUAGAUGGAAUCUUGGAUGGGCAGGUAAACAGUGGCUUAGCUGCUAUGCCUGCCCUUGCUGCAGCAGCUACCUUGGGUGUGAUCAUACAAAGAUGCCUAUCCCUCGGAGCUCAGAGGCUGUUCUGUGUGGCCCUAGGACAGCUGGAUCGACCGCUGGACCUUGCAGAUGACGGGAGAAUUCUGUGGCUGAAUAUCACCGGUGAGGAGGCAGCCACCCAGUCAAUGUUCCACAUUACCACUCCAUUGCCAGGGACCACCGGAGGGUUUCUGAGCUGCAUCUUGGGUCUGGUACUGCCCCUGGCCUAUGGCUUUCAGCCUGACAUGGUGCUGGUGUCCCUGGGGCCUGCGCAUGGCCUGCAGGACCCCCACGCUGCUCUCUUGACUGCAAUGCUUCGGGGACCAGCAGGGGGUCGAAUUCUGGCUCUAGUGGAGGAGGAUUCCAUACCCCACCUUGUAAGGACCCUGGCACGGGUGCUGCAUGGAGAAGCACCUCCCAAUCUGGGCCCUUUCUUGAUGGCCUCGCCAAAGGACAUCCAGGCCCUGAUGUAUCUAAAAGGGAAGCUGGAGCCCCAGUGGAAGCUGCUGCAGGUGGCAGCCCCUCUUCCAGGGCCGUGUUCUCUGGUAGCUUGAAAUCGGUCGAAUUCGGUGAUUGUCUCUGGAGAAGAGCGCAUUCGGGCCCCAGAGAUCUACGUCCCCUCGACAGCCCGCCCACGCUCCCUACCUACGGAACAAU